UUUAUCGGACUAAUGUUGGCUACAUAUGUACCUAGUACCUACUACCUAGUAACUACUAGGUACCCGUUACGUAAGCGGGCAAGUCAACCAAGAUGUAUCGGCUAUCUAACACCGGCGACUCGACUACUAACUGUCAUAUCAAUUGUAUUGCUCUCGGGCUGGAUCAAAUACUCGAAUUCGAGCAAGUAGUAAACCCAAGAUGACAUACAAGCGAAAACGGACCGAAGCCGACGACGCGUCCAGGUCAACGAUAACCAAAAAACCCCGCCACACCGUGUCUCUAGAUUUGCUAUCACCAUUAUCCGACGAACUCCUUGUUCGCAUACUCACCUUUCUACCCCUCCCAGACCUCUUAAAUAUUGCGCCAGUGUCACGACACUUCUACGGUUUAUUCGGCGACUCGCAAAUAUGGAAACGCUUAUAUUAUUCGCGCUUCGUUCUCCCGCGCGCCCUUCGCAUACCUGGAUUCCGUGAUGGUUCAGCCAGAGAAGGGAAGCUGCAUUAUUCGUCUCGCAAAGCAGUAUGGGCGGACGGGAGAAGAGGGGGCUGGGUAGACAUGCAUGUUGGCAACUUAGAAGAUCGAGAGAGAGACUGGAAGAAGCAAUACAAGCUGCGACAUAACUGGUCCAGAGGAAAAUGCGCCGUGGAAGAGUUACCCCUUGGGCGAGAGUUAUCAGUACCCUCGGCCAUUCCGUCACAUAAAAUGCUCGUCAAAGUGUCCGAGGGCAUCGCAGUAACUGCAGAUUCGGAAACGGGUCUACGGGCUUGGAAUUUAAAAACUCGGGAGCUCCUAGCCCAGACAGAAUUAGGUGAAGCCGACUCUGAGCCUGCACCGAGCUGCAUUGCGAUAGAUGACCAAGAGCUUAAAAGCCAUAUCUUGGAAAUUGCUAUUGGUUUCGUUGAUGGUAGUUUUGGUGUGUGGAAGUUGAAUGUACGAGGUAAAUCGCUGCUACGAAGAUAUCGUCACGAGAAGUCUAGCAACGGGGAGUUAAUAGGGAUCGCCUUCUCCUAUCCCUACCUUUUAACCGCUACCAAGUCCGUGGUUAUAUCUUUAUACACGUUUGAUGGGCCUCCCAAAACAGAUCGCGCUUCUGUCGUGAAAUCCAACAGUGAAGUAAUUACCAAUCAAGUCAAGCGAAGUUCGGAGUGCGAAGCCAUAGAUGAUUUGGAGACCGAGUUGAGACCGAGACCUUCAAGGCCGAAGAUGCCGCAUGGCUCCAGACAAACAACACUGCAAGCACCAUACCUUCUCACAUCUCUCAAGUCACAUACUUCUAGAGCGCCGCUAGCACUUUCUAUACGAAAAACAGCAGGAAGCAAUAUAGCAUCCAUAGCUUACACGUUCUCCACUCUUCAGGGGUGGUCCUUGGGUAUCCAAGAUUUACACCUCCGUCCUUCUACCUCUAAAUCAAAAACCACGCCAGAUAUCACGGCCACCCGGUUAGCUUAUACAUUACCUAUCCGAGCCAGCUCGUCUCGUUUCCCAUCUCCACCAGCGUCUCCAGCCCAGCAUAUGAACCCAUCUACGCCUUCUCCAGCUCACGAUGAUAAUGAUCUUGAUGGCCCUAUUAACCUAUGCUACACCCAUCCUUACCUCCUUGCAACUCUCCCGGACAACACAUUAAUACUACAUCUCUGCACGUCCAAUGCCACCUCCCUUUCUAUAUCUCCAGGCAUCAGGCUAUGGGGACACACAUCGGGCAUCAGCGACGCAGAGAUUACAGCUCGUGGAAAAGCAGUUAGCGUCAGCUGUCGUGGCGAGGAGAUUCGGGUCUGGGAGUUGGAGGGUAGGGCACAUGGAAAGAGUAUUGAGGUCCGUCCAACCUCGAAACCCGUAACCGAUGAAGGGGACGAUGUAAAUGCUGCCCCGGACAAUAACGCAGCGCCGAUUCAGUGGGACGAUAGACGGAAUUGGGUCGGCUUCGAUGACGAAAUGGUCAUUGUUUUGAAAGAGUCGAAAGGAAGGGAGAGCUUAAUGGUUUAUGAUUUUACGUAGGAUACCCAUAAAUGCUUAACACUAGAUAAAGCGAUACAGGAAACUUUAUAUGAAGGGUCAAUGUCGUGCCCCGUUAUCCAUCGGACUGUGUUGCUCAUAUCUCAUCCUUCACUGCGUAAUACCCACUGAGUCUCUGGUGCCGAGGAAAGGGUCCCUGUAAUCUCGAUAUCACAAAGCUACACAUGCCCAAGACCCAAGGCUAAAGCAAUAACGGGGACGAGAAGCGCUUCUACCCUAGCGUUCAUCGCCUCGUCGAUGGACUAUCGUGAAGAGCAAGAACCUACCUACCUAGCCUACAGAUCAAUAUCCCUGCGAGCAGAAUGAGUACGCUUCUCACCAAGUGAUUUUAUCGAGUAUGAAUACCAGGGACAAGUUUUAGUCCAGAUCCAUACUUGUC